CCACCGUAGCUGGCGCGGUGCACGCCGGGUAGGUCAGCUUGAGUAAGGACGCCAUGUGCCUUCUGUGAAGCGGAGUCUCCUGCCAGAAGAAAAGUCUGAGCUCGGCCUCUCGUCGCCAACCUCCUUUCUCCUUCCACACUUCAGCACCCAGCCAGCAUGUUCUGUAUCCGGAGGACAUUGCGGGCCGCGGCUCACAUCCAGCGGACUCUUCUUCACCAACACAGGUGUGCACUUCCACUCCUCAAAAGCAACAGCACUCUGGCCGCUCCUUCCUUCGACGGCCCUCACAAAGAGUACUCCCCCAAAAUUCAGCAGCUGGUAAACGACAUUGCCAACCUCACCUUGCUAGAAGUUUCGGACCUGAAUGAUCUUCUCAAGAAAACACUGAAUAUUAAGGAUGUGGGGAUGAUGCCGAUGGGAGCAAUGGCUGCAUCAGGUGCUCAUGGAGCUCAGACGAGGGAAGAAGCCCCCAUCAAGAAGGAGAAGACUCACUUCACGGUCAAGCUAACUGAAGUCAACACUGCUGAGAAAGUCAAGCUCAUAAAGGAGGUGAAGAACUGCAUCCAAGGCUUGAAUCUGGUGCAGGCCAAGAAACUAGUGGAGUCCCUUCCCCAGGAGAUCCGUGCCAAUGUUUCCAAAGAUGAGGCAGAGAAGCUGCAAGCAGCAUUGCAGGCAGCAGGUGGCACGGUGGUCUUGGAGUAGAUACUCUCAUGUCAGCCACGCACCUGCUCCAAUUUUUUGUAUCAUAUGUGACAAGGAAGACUAAAACCAAGGUGGUCUUUCCACACCCGUUGCCGGGGCGGAACAAAGGAAACUGAACUUUUGACCAAUAACCUCUGAACCGCCCCCUGCCGAGUGCCAGCGGCUGUCUGAAGUCAUGUUGGCACCGUGUUGGAAAAGCAGCUUUGGUUGAGGGAAUGGCAGAGCUGUUGUUUGUUGGAAGUGUGGAUUAAAAGAGAUGAAAUAUAA